AUUCUACAAUCUACAAGCCACACACACAUCGAGUCCCUCAUUCCAUAGUGCUCUCUGAUAGACUUACUCUCUGAUAGAUUUACUCUGUUGUGGAUGGCGACACCGAUGGCGGCAGAGGACGGCAACUUCGAAGAUGACCUGUAUGCCAUGUCCACUGAUGAUAUUAUUAGGGCUGCGCGUUUGCUUGACAACGAAAUCCGAAUUUUAAAGGAAGAGCUGCAGAGAACGAAUCUAGAGUUGGAUUCAUUCAAGGAAAAGAUAAAGGAGAAUCAGGAGAAAAUUAAGCUCAACAAGCAGCUUCCUUACUUGGUCGGCAACAUUGUUGAGAUUUUGGAAAUGAAUCCAGAGGAAGAGGAUGAGGAGGAUGGUGCAAAUAUUGAUCUUGACUCACAAAGGAAGGGCAAAUGUGUUGUACUGAAAACGUCCACGCGCCAGACAAUUUUCCUGCCUGUUGUUGGCCUUGUUGACCCGGAUAAGUUAAAGCCUGGUGAUCUUGUCGGAGUAAACAAAGACAGUUAUUUGAUAUUAGAUACAUUGCCAUCUGAAUAUGAUUCUCGGGUAAAGGCAAUGGAAGUUGAUGAAAAACCAACUGAAGACUACAAUGAUAUUGGAGGUCUGGAGAAACAGAUUCAAGAACUCGUAGAGGCAAUUGUUUUGCCUAUGACACACAAAGAACGGUUCCAGAAAUUAGGCGUCCGCCCUCCAAAAGGAGUCCUUUUGUAUGGGCCUCCAGGGACCGGGAAAACUCUCAUGGCCCGAGCCUGUGCUGCACAGACAAAUGCCACUUUUCUUAAGCUAGCAGGGCCGCAACUUGUGCAGAUGUUCAUUGGAGAUGGAGCAAAACUUGUCCGUGAUGCUUUCCAGCUGGCAAAGGAGAAAUCACCUUGCAUCAUUUUUAUUGAUGAGAUUGAUGCUAUAGGCACAAAGCGUUUUGAUAGUGAAGUUAGUGGGGAUCGAGAGGUCCAACGAACUAUGUUGGAGUUACUUAAUCAGCUCGAUGGUUUCAGCAGUGACGAUAGGAUAAAGGUUAUAGCAGCAACAAACCGGGCUGAUAUUUUGGAUCCUGCUUUGAUGCGAUCUGGUCGAUUGGAUCGUAAAAUUGAGUUCCCCCAUCCCACAGAGGAAGCUAGGGCUCGAAUCUUGCAGAUUCACUCUAGAAAGAUGAAUGUUCACCCCGAUGUGAAUUUCGAGGAACUGGCUCGAUCCACAGAUGAUUUUAAUGGGGCUCAAUUAAAAGCUGUAUGUGUUGAGGCAGGGAUGUUAGCACUCCGCCGUGAUGCCACUGAGGUUACCCAUGAAGAUUUCAAUGAAGGUAUCAUUCAGGUUCAGGCUAAGAAGAAAGCCAGCUUAAACUACUAUGCUUAAACUAACUAGAUGUGCACCUUUUGACGUCUUAAGAUAAGAUGGGCACUGCCAUUCACUCCCGUCCCGGGUUGGCCUUGUAAGUGCUAGAAUGUUUGCUGUUAAAACCGAUCAUGGAGGGUGUGAAGCGUUAUAUUUGAUCUCUUCUUAAAUUUCUUCUCUUUAUAAUUUAUUGUUGUAUGACUCGAUGACCUCUAAAAGCCUAACAGAGGUACAUUGGGAAUUAGAUUAAUUGGAAAAGAGACCUUAUCACAAAAAAAGAAGGCAUGUUAAUUGAAAGAGAGUAUUUCCUUA